UUGGCUGGGAGCCAGAAGGCGGGACUUCCUGUUUGGAGCCGCGCCUCAACAAACUUAAGUCACUCACACACUCGCACUUUAGACAUUCUGAGGACACACUGUGGACACUCUGUGCUUGGAGAAACUUCUAAACUGCCGCUUCCUGUGUCAGGUCAAAGUGGAGGCUGCGAACUUUGAGCCGGUAUUUUCAACGCUGACUUUUUGGGCUGAAUGCCUCAGGAGCACACACACGCACAGACGGCAGUUGUUUCCCCGGCCUGCAGGGCGGCAGCGGAGAGGCCGGGUGUCGGCAUGAGCGAUUUUUGGCACAAGAUGGGAUGCUGCGUGGUCGCCAAACCACCACCGAAGAAGAGGCGAAGGAAGAUUGAUCGCAGUAUGAUCGGAGAGCCGACUAACUUCAUCCACCUGACGCACAUCGGCUCUGGAGAGAUGGCAGACGGUCUGCAGCCUUCAGGCUCAGUUCAGGAGCAGAUGAGGUCGAAAUGUCCAAACAUGAACGGCAGGAACAGUUUCCUAUAGCCGGACUGACGCACCACCUCCCUCUCCUCCGCCAACGGAUCCUUGGUCCCGGCGCGACGUGUUGCAUUCGGGGCAACCGCAGGGGCCGCCAUCCCGGCCCGUGAGACAAGCAGGACUUGACGCCCCACCCACCGUGUUGCGCUCUACCUUCUGCUUGCACGCCACGACCUGUCCGAAAUGUGAACGCUUUCACCACUAGAGGGCAGAGGAGGCGGAUUGGAGCGCGACGUCACUGGAUUCCACUUACCCAGCAUGCCUUUCUUCCACUGAGUGACACUCGUCGACAACUAUGACUGGAAACGCUCAUUCCUUUCCUCCUCGUGCUAGCAUGCGUCCCGUUAGCCAUGUGACCUGGCAGCUUGGCGUCUCCUCAUUUCAUGUUUUUAACCAUCAGCACUUUUUAAACUAUUUUUUUAAUCUGACAAUUCAGCUUUGGAGAAACUUUAUUGAUCGUGUCAUUUGGGCUCAAACAAAUGUGUGUGAGCUUUGACCUCUACAGAGACUGUGACCUUCGCAGAAGUAGACUUCAUAUUUGCUUAUAUAACGCCGUCCACAAACACACGCACACACACACACGUUAGCUCCGCCCAUCAGUUACGUAACAAGCUCAUGAAUAAAUGUUCCCUCCAACUAUGUACUUUUAUUUUGAAAGGCAAACACGUGUGUUCUUCAAAUGUGACUCUAAACAUGGAAUGUGUGUGUGUGUGUGUGUGUGAGAGAGAGAGAGAGAGAGAGAGAGAGAGAGAGAGAGAGAGAGAUUACGUCAUGUUUUCUGACUAACAUCUGGACUCAAUGCAGAGCGGCUGUACUCUGAGAUGUAAGAGUCGUGUUAAAAUUGUAUAAAGUAGGGACAGAAGAUGGGGUCAGAGGGCAAGUGUAACCUUCUCUGAAGCCAUGAAAACCUGAAUGUGUGUGUGUGUUGCCAUGGAGAGACAGAGGAAGGCAAUAACAUUAGAUGAUGUGGUUAUGAAAUGACCAUGUUGAGUACAAGCUAAUGUGCCUACAGCUGAAGAAUUACUUCACAAUAAAACAACUACAAUGACGUGAAACUACUCACCUG